UGAUAGGCGAACAAUAGUGAUUGGUUGUUGCCCAUCUAAAUCAGACGUCAUGUCUUCUUCUGAAACCAUGUCUGAUGUUUUCAGUUGUGGUUUAAGUGCAGCAAGUGUAUUGCUUCUUUUAGGUCGACCUCUUCUAUUGUGUCUAGACAUUCAAGUGAAAAAACCAAAAUAAAAAGUUACUCCUCCCCCCUCCUUGUUUAUUUAUAACCAUGAGCGGACACUUAAAUAGUCAAAGAUCAUAAAGAGCUUCAUUUUUUUUCUUUUCUUUUUUUUCUUCUUCUUUACCAUGUCGAGUUCUUUUUGGGGUAUCUGCUUAAGUCCUGGCGAAAGUUAUCCUGUUCGUGUUUCGGGUAUACUUCAGAUCAAUCAAGCUUCCUUACCAAAUAAUGCGCGUGAAGGAAAGACAGUACUUAAAGUGCUUUUGAAUGGAAAUACGUUUGUGCUAUGUACAUUAGCAAAAGACAAGGUAGAACACCAAAAACUAUCUCAUAUCUUUAUACGUGAAGACAGAGCAACACUUCAAGUAGACGGGACAAACUCUCUUGAUUUAAUGGGCUAUGUUGAACUUGUUGAAAGAGAUGAUACAGAAGAAGAAGAUGAUGAUGAUGACGAAGAGGCAGACACAGUAACAGGACAACCCACUUAUAUGAACUAUUUAAGUGAUCUAUUGGGUCCUGAUUUAGAUGAUGAAGAUGAUGAUGAUUAUGAAGAAGAUAUGGAUAUGUCUCAAGACGAUUAUGGUACAUUGGCCUUUAGAGAUCCUUCUGAUAAUGCAUUCUUGGGUGGUUUUGAAUUAAGACAUUUUAACUUAAUGCCUAAUCUCCCUGGAUUUGAAAAAGAAGAUUUACGUGAACAAGAACAAGAUGUGGAAGAGUCACUUUUAAACGAUAAUAUUGCCCGGGGAUUAGUGAACGCACUCUUAAACAGUGGUGAUCAAGAACAAAUAAAGAAGGGAAAAGAGCUUGCCAAGAAACUAAAGAAACAAUUACAAAAGAGAAAGAGAAAACAAACUUUGUAAAUAAAAAGAAAUUAGAAAAGUUGAGCAUGAGCAAAACAGCGACUGCCCAUAUAACCAACAAAGCCAAUAUACUGCAGAUCUAGAUUAUCUGAUCCUAAUAGUUUGAUAAGCACAUAUUUAGCUGAUCUUUCUUUCAUGUCUAUCACAGAUAAAUUUUGUGAAGAAGCAGUAAACCAAGCUACUGGAUCAGCACUGGUUAAGUGUGCGUUAUUUUGGGUAUAUCUUGUAAAGUUGUCUUGUGUAAAUAAGUCAAAGGGGCGAGUCACUAUGUUUCCUUAUGAGAUACGCGUUGUUUG